CUAUCUACUUGAGAGGUUGAAAGCUCCUAGAUCUAUAAUGCAAAACCAAAAGAACUUAGCAAAAGAAAGCAAAGCAGAAUAUGGCUUCUCUGACCAAGGAAAUAGCCAGUUCUUCGUCUUCUUCUGUUCCAUUUUCAUCCACUGAUCACCCAAAUCAUUACAAAUACGAGGUGUUCUUAAGUUUUCGAGGCGAGGAUACGCGUCAUAAUUUCAUAGAUCAUUUCCGCUCCGCUUUGUGUGAUAAGGGAAUUGAGACCUUCAUCGAUGAUAAGCUCAGAAGAGGGGAAGAAAUACCCGCGGCCCUUGUCAAAGCAAUUGAGGAGUCCAGGGUUUCAAUCAUCGUCUUCUCUCCAAACUAUGCUUCGUCAAGGUGGUGCUUAGAUGAGCUGGUGAAGAUUCUCGAAUGCAGAAAAUCAAAAGGGCAAGAGGUCAGAUCAGUUUUCUACAAGGUGGAUCCUUCAGACGUACGGCACCAGAGAGGUGCUUUCGGGAAGGCAUUUGCUACGCUUGAUCAACACAAACACAAGGAUAGCAUGGAGAAAUGGAAAGCAGCUCUUACGGAAGCAGCAAAUUUGUCUGGAUGGCCUUUCAAAGAUGGCGAGUACGAGGCUAAGUUUAUCAAGAAGAUUAUUGGGGAGUUGUCAACCCAAGUAGUGAAUCCUUCAUGUGAUUUGCAUGUUACUGAACAUCCCAUUGGAAUAAAGUCUUUUAGUGAAGAAGUCUGCAAACUUUUACGUGUCGAGGAAAAUAGUGUUCACAUGGUAGGAAUAUGGGGGCCUGGUGGAAUAGGAAAGACCACAAUUGCGAAAGCUGUGUUUAAUUCAAUUCGCCAUAGGUUUGCAUGUAGCUGUUUCUUGGCAGAAGUUCGAUCUAAUUCAAAUGAUCUAGCCAAAUUGCAAAAGGGACUUCUGGUUGAUAUUUUAGGGGACUCAACUUUGGAGGUGAGCAGUGUUGAUCAGGGAGUCAGUUUUAUAAAGACAAGGAUGCGGAAACAGAAAGUUCUAAUAGUCCUAGAUGACGUGAAUCAUUCUAGCCAAUUACAGAAGUUAGUUCCAUACCCUGGAUGUUUUGGGCCAGGUAGUAGAGUUCUCAUAACAACAAGAGAUAAACGGUGGCUAAUUGCUCAUCAAGUCGAUGAAGUGUACCAGGUCAAGAUGUUAAAAGAUCAUCAAGCUUUGAACUUGUUUAGUUUGAAUGCAUUCAAGAGUAAUGCACCUCCAGGCGAAUAUCUCAAACUUUCACAACGUGCAGUACGCUAUGCCCAGGGCCUUCCAUUAGCUUUGAUUGUUUUAGGUUCUCAUUUAUUUCGUAGAAGCAUAGAGGAGUGGGAAGCUAUAUUAGAUAGUAGCAGGCGAGAAGAUCCCCACAUAGAGAUUAGAGACGUGCUGAAAAUAAGUUAUGAUGCUCUGGGGGCAGAUUUAAAAGGAUAUUUUCUUGACAUUGCUUGUUUCUUUAAAGGUUGGCAUGUAGAGAAUGCGAAACCACGACUAGAUGCUUGCUAUGACCUCAAAUCAGUGAAUGGUAUAGCACGACUCCAAGAAAAGGCCUUAAUAAGAAUUGACGAUGAUAUUAUUUGGAUGCAUGAUUUAAUAGAAGAAAUGGGUAAAGAUACAGUGCAUCAAGAAUCACCUGAUGAACUUGGGGAACGAAGCAGAUUGUGGAGUGAAGAUGAUGUCAACUACGUCUUAACAAAUACUACUGGAACAAAUAAAGUUAUUGGUAUUCAGGUCCUGACAUCUAAUAUAUCUUUAAAUGCGAAAAGUUUCUCAACAAUGAAGAAGCUUAAAUAUAUUUCUAUAAUACCUAUAAUUUAUUAUGAAUCCUUUUGGAGAAAUAUUGAUUAUCUCUCCGACGAGUUGAGGUGGCUUGAGUGGCCACAUUGUCCAUUGCAAUGUUUUCCAGCCGAUUUUCACGCAAAGAAACUUGUAAAUCUCAAUAUUCAUAGGAGUUCCAUAAUCACACACCUAUGGGAAGGAUAUAAGAGUUUUCCGCUGCUAACUUAUAUGAAUUUAAGCGGUUGUGAAUCUGAUAGGAUCGUAAUCCAUCAAAGAGGUGAAACAAGAUAAUUAAAGCAACAUAAGGGAAUUGAAACAAGAAAUUAAAGAAAAGAAUUAAAUUAGACAAGUUUCAUAUUCAUUUCAUCAGAUCAAGAAAUGGAGACAGCUAAGAUUAUAUAGCUCCAUCUGCAGAUAACUCAUAACUUACCCAAUAACAACAUGACCGACCCGAGUCCAACAACUCAUCUAAGUAAUUAACACACUAGUCCAAGAUAAUAUAGGGUUGUAGAAUAAUAGUCUUAACAUUCCUCCCCCCUUAAAAUAAGGCAUGUCCUCAGGCCUUGAACAAGAAAAUUUGCAGUGCGUGAAAAUUUGAGAAAACUCUUCUCUCCGUUUGCAUCCCAUGACCAAUUUGUGUCAACCAUGUCUUCUUCACUUGAGUAGUCUGUUCAAGAAUACAAAUUAGAGUACGUCCAUUAGGCUGUUCUUGAUGUAAAGCCGGUGUGAUGAAUAGCCCCUCACUAGCCCUACAAAGCAAGAUGUCGUAGCCAAAAGUGCCCUGAUGGUUACUCUGCUGCGAACAUAAUCGGCGAGAGGUACAUAAAGGGUAGAGCAGGGGGACAUCAUGGUUCUCAGACUGUAAAUACCGACAAUAGAUGCAAACAUACGAAGAACAGUACAAUUCAGUAGAAAGAACUCCACUGCUGUACAUUGAACUUGGAAAUUCUGAACAAUACUCAUAUGCAACGCGAAGGGCCUCUGGAGAUAAAUAAAGGUAGCCCGGAGUAUCGUAUGCACUGGCUUCAGAAACAUAAUUUCUGCUUUUGACACCACACACCGUACUGACGAUAAAAUCAAGUGAAAAUCUUCUGGAGUCUGGCAAGUAGCCCCAUCAUGCCAACUGCUCCUCGUAUUAGUCGGAGAAGUAGUAAAAUCAGAUUGUAGCAGCAAGGUCCUCAUUCUUCCCAAGAUUUUUGUCUUCUCGCUUAAAGCAUAGAAGUACCUCUUGCCUCCAGUAAAAAUGACAUACAGAAAAACAUUAACAACUUUGAUAGGCAGUGUAGCCCAUUUUUCCAACUCAGCAGAACUCAUAAAUGGGCGUCUACGAGCCUUGACCAGCUGAUUUUCAAGCCAUGCUUUUCUUGUCAAGACAGCAGACCUGUAGAACGAACGUUCAAUCGAUGAGGCUGAACUAUUCCCAGCAAAGGAGAUAUCUGUCUGAGAAGCUAAAGCUGCAUAUGUUUCUGUCAUUUUAGGUGCAGCAUAGAAAACAUCAAUCUUGUUAAAAAUACUGUGAUCAUCUGCUGCAGUUGUCAAGGGAUCUAGAAGUUCAUGAGUCUCAGAGUUCAGCUUGUAGUCAUCAUCAUACUGAAAUGCAAGUCUUUCUUUCUUGGACAGCAGGGACACCCGCUCAUAUAUAGAAAGAAGAACAAUAAUUCCAAUGUCACACAAUGCAUCCUCUCGUAAUAUUUUAGGCAAAGUAGGUCGUACCACAGGGAGAGAUUCCAUAAUUGUUAAAGGAAAGAGUAACCUCACAAGUCCAUGGGAUGGUGAAUUAAACUUUGAAGUGCUGGUUACCAAGAAACAAUUAUCCUUGUGCACACUAUUGUCAAAUCUUUUGUUGAACAAACCAGAAAAUAUUAUACUAGAAAACAACUUAAAAAUAAGUGGGAUUCCCUUAAAGAUGACUGGAAAUCAUGGAAAACAUUGAAGAUUUUAAAAACCGGUCUUGGGUGGAAUCCCGUACUCAACACCAUUGGGAAAACAAAGGAAUAUGCAAGGUUUAGAAAAAAAAAGGAAUAUCACUCGAGUUUGAAGCCAAGUUGGAUCAGCUGUUCUUAGGUACUACAACCACUGGAAAGCAUGCAUGGGCACCAUAUUCUACACUUCCUAUCCCAGAUAGUCCAGAGGAAGGUGAUAAUUAUAACUACCAUGAAGGUAGUGGUGACUCUGAUGAGAGAGAUGUACCCACUAACACUUUGCCUAAGAGGAAAAGAAGUGAGAGAGCUGUGAAAGAUAAGGAAAACCUUCCUGCAAAGAAGGAGAAGGUUAGGGGUGCUGCUCAGUUGGCCAAAGAAAUUGGCAGAAUGUGUUCAGCAAUUGAAAGUAGAAGUACUGCAUCUUCAACGGUGCAUAAUACCCGCACUAGUAUUGCUGAAGUGAUGAAAGAUGUCACUACUUUGCCUGGAGCUGAGCAGGGCACUAGGUUGUGGUUCUUUGCUACUCGACUGUUUUUGAGUCCAGAGAAGAGAGAGAUGUAUUGCACUAUGGAUGAUCCUAACAUGAAGUUAGAAUGGUUGAACUUUGAGAUGACCGAGAAAUGAGCUUAUGCUAUUCAUGAGAAAUCAUUAGUUUCGUAUUUUCAUAUCUUACCUCAAGUUGGAAUGUUACUCAAGACCAUGAAACUAUGUUUUAUCUUAUAUUUUUCAUCAUGUUGACACCCUUAUAUAUGCAUUUGAGUUUUGUUAUA